AGCGCCAGCGUUGCGUCACACGAGGAGCCUUAAAAAGGGCGCGGGCGGCGGCGCCGCGGAGCGGAGCAAAGCGGGACGAUGCGGAUGAGGAUGAGGCGGUGUUCGGGCGGCAGUUGCGGGGAGCCGGGGCCGCCCAGGAAGGCAUCCAGGAGAAAGUGCGUCCUUGUUGACCAUCACACCUGAAAGCGGCCCUGCACUGGCCCAGAGGUGACCAUGGCAGCCGAGGGGCUGCCUACGGGGGCACCUGCCAGCACACUGCCCAGCUGGGAGCUGGAGGCCUGGUACCAGGACCUGCAGGAGGUGCUGGCAGCAGCAGAGCCCAGUGGACCCUCCCUACCCUGGGGGGCUGACCAGGCUCCGCUGUGGGGCAUGGAGGGGGCUGGCUGUAGUCCAGAGGGCUGCGAGCUGGAUGCAGCCCUGGCCGCUGAGCUGUUGGAGCUGCUGGGGCCAGAGAGCACAGCUAGCACAGAGCCAGCGGGACCACCAGGCUCGGCCUCCAGCAGGAGCUCCCCAGCCCAGCUGGGCACAGAGGAGGAUGAGGCAGGGGCAGCUGCAGGCCAUGGGGUGAAGAGAAAGAGGCGCAGUGGCAUGGCGGCAAGCAGGGAGCUAGCCAAGCGACGGGAGUGGGCCAAUGAGCAGCGGGUGCUGGAGCUGACGUCCCACAACGAGCAGCUCCGGGAAGAGAUCCGGCGGCUCAGCGCGGAGGUGGAACGCACGCGGGCAGCCCUUAUCGACCGUAUUGUGAACCUCCGACGGGCUUAAGCACUGAUGCUGCCCUACAGCCAGUGGGGCAAGGACUCUGCUGACCUUGUGGACCUGGGGGGCAGCCAUGAACUGGAGCGGCACUGCCCUGCUGGCACAGACUAAUGCUGUGGGGAGGGUGCUGCUUCCAUACGUGAUUUGUACAGUUUUUGCAUUUUAUUACACCCAUAUAACCACU